GUUACUUUUAGGUAGAAUAGUAUCGGAACUUGUCGAAGCGUGUUGUUCGUUGUGUAACGUUGGAAGACAUAUAUACGUAUAUUAACAAUUAUAUUGUGCGAUAAAAGUUUUAAAGUAAUUUCGUUUAAAUCAUUUUCUAACAAGUUAUUAAUUUUUCACCGGUUAACAUCUCGUUUUUAUCAAGAACAGUUGUCAAAUCCAAAUUAAAGAGAGCUAAUACAAGCAAAAAGAUGACUACUUGGAACACACCAGGUGCAGGAUACUAUCCAGGGCAACAAGGUUUUCCUUAUCCACCACAAAAUCCUGGUUAUCCACCACCACCACAAGAAGGAUAUCCACCUCCUUAUUCGGCUGGAAAUAUUCCACCACAACCAGGAUUUAUACAACCACCAGGUAUACCACCACCAGGUGUACCACCCUACGGUCAAGUUCCACCUCCUACCGGAACACCAUUCGGUGUAACUCCACAACCAGGAAUGUAUGGGUCAAGUUAUGUGGAAGAUCCCUUACAAGACGAAAUAAAGGGAUUUGAUUUUAAUGAUAAAUCAAUAAGAAAUGGGUUUAUUAGAAAAGUCUACUCAAUUCUAAUGACUCAGCUAUUGAUUACCCUGUCAUUGAUAGCUAUAUUUUUGUACCACAAACCAACGCAAAAAUGGGCGAUGGCACAUAGAGAAAUAUUUUGGAUUUGUUUUGCUGCUACCAUAAUUUUGAUCAUUUGCAUGGCUUGUUGUACCAGUGUUAGACGUAAAGCUCCAAUGAAUUUUAUAUUUCUUUUCUUAUUUACAAUAGCCGAGGGAGUCUUAUUAGCGAUGGCUGCAUCCACUUACAGAUCGGAAGAAGUAUUAAUGGCAGUGGGAAUUACAGCAGCUGUUUGUUUGGCGCUAACAAUUUUUGCGUUCCAAACGAAAUAUGAUUUCACUGGUUGUCAUACUAUUUUAUUCAUAGCUCUUGUCGUCUUGAUUAUAUUCGGUAUUAUUGCUAUGAUCUGGCCUGGUAAAACUGUACAACUUGUUUAUGCAUCAUUGGGUGCACUAAUUUUCUCAUUCUAUUUGAUCUAUGAUACCCAAAUGAUAAUUGGAGGUAAACAUAAGUAUUCUACUUCUCCUGAGGAGUACAUUUUUGCAGCAUUAAAUUUAUAUUUAGAUGUUAUUAAUAUUUUCUUGGAUAUCCUUACCAUCAUUGGUGCAUCUCGAGAUUGAAACUAAGAAGAUACCUGGAACAUUCCACUGUAUUAAAAUUCUUUACUAAACAACGCGUAGUAGGCUUUUACUUGUUAUCAUUUUGUUUUAACUCUAUACUUUUUUCUAAAGAGUAAAUAAUAAGUGAAAGAAGGGAAAAGUGUAAAGCAAAUCUUUAUUGCUACGAAGAAUUAGCAUUUUACAUGUGAUCCUAUUUAUGGGCAAUAGAAGGAACACAAAAGAACAGUUACCACUUGACUUAGUUUUACGUGUAAAGCCUUCGAUUUUGUUUCAAAAUAUUUCUUAUUGUCUUACUCAAAAACUAAAUGUAUCAUAAUGUUUAUUAAUCUUUUUUUUUUUUAUAAGAUUGAAUAUUGUCGAUAUAAUCAUUUUAUUUGUGUAAUUUAGUUGUUGUAUUCAAAUCGUUGUUAUUAUUUCAAUCAAGUUAGAUAAAGAUAAGAUAAGUCAUUUAAUGUAAAAUGUAUAAGCAGUUUUCAUCUUCAGAAAUUAAUUCGUUACGAUUACUUACUUUCUUGUAAAGUGAUAGCAUUCACAUCUGUGAUGCUUUUUGUUCCUGACAAUUAAUAUUUCAUUUUGAAAAUUGUAAUUAGGAAUUACGUAUAUUUAUUUUGUUUUUCUUUGUUUUUUUCUCCCCCCUUCCAAGUUUCCUGUCAAUAUAUCAUUUAUAAAAUCACCGUUGUGCACUUUAUGACAAUUGAAUGAAUGAUAGAAUUGAUGAUGUUAUUAAUAUUAUUGCUCCUUACUUUAAUAAUGAAAAUAUAUAUGGUAUGUAAUAUUAUAAGCAUAUUAUACAAACAGUCAAGUAAUUAUUAAAAAACUCUAAAUAUUUGAUCGAUAUUUAUGUAUUUAUAUAGGUACUUUAUCAGUAUGUUUAAGUUUUAUUCAUGUUUGAAUAAUAAAAGCUGCAGAUAUAAAGAAAUUAUUAUUUUAUUUUAAACGUAUUCGUAUACGGUAAGAAAUUCAUUUGUAUGUGCAAAAUAUUUCAUAAAAACGCGUCUAAUUCUAUUUAAUGUAUAUAUAUAUAUAUAUCGAAAUAUGAUCUAUACUAACAGUAUUUUAAGGAUUAUAGAACAAUAAAAGAAUGAUUUCGAAAUCUUGAAUAUUUAUAUUUAUAGUAAAUUAUUCUUACACAAAUAGGAUAAAAGCUUUUGGUUUAAAGCUUUUCAAUUGAAACUUAAGAAACAUCCGAUUAAAACUUAAUUAUAAAGAAGCCAUGUUAGGUGUGCAACGUUUUUGUAUGAAAAA